AUGGAUUAUGAAGAAACUUUUGCUCUUGUUGCUAAGAUGACUACUAUUCGCACUCUUAUUGCAGUUGCAUCAGUUCGUCAGUGGAAUAUUUCUCAAAUGGAUGUUAAAAAUGCAUUUCUAAAUGGUGAACUUCAAGAGGAAGUGUAUAUGGUACCCCCACAAGGUGUUUCUCAUAAUCAAGGGGAAGUGUGUAAGUUGAAGAAGGCACUAUAUGGUCUGAAACAAGCUCCAAGAGCUUGGUUUGGGAAGUUUACCACUGUCAUUACAUCUAUUAGAUUUCGCUCUAGUGAUCAUGAUUCUGCUUUGUUUGUCAAGACCACUCAUCAUGGUCUUAUUUUACUCUUAUUAUAUAUUGAUGAUAUGAUUAUUACAGGUGAUGAUACAGAUGGAAUUAAUGAUUUGAAAUUACAGUUAUCCAAACAAUUUGAGAUGAAGGACUUAGGAACUCUUCGCUACUUCUUGGGCAUUGAAGUUGCCUACUCUCCUAGAGGCUAUCUUCUAUCUCAAUCCAAAUAUAUUUCCAACAUUCUUGAACAAGCCCGUCUUUCUGAUACUAGAGUAGCAGAUAGUCCUCUUGAGUUGAAUGUGAAAUAUGCUCCAUCUGAUGGUGUUCCUCUGCCAGAUCCCACAUUAUAUCGUACUUUGGUUGGAAGUUUGGUGUACCUAACGAUUACCAGACCAGAUAUUGCUUAUGUUGUUCAUGUUGUUAGUCAGUUUGUUGUCUCUCCUACUACAGUGCAUUGGGCAGCUGUUCUUCGCAUAUGUCGUUAUCUUCGGGGAACCCAGUUUCAAAGUUUUCUCUUUCCCUCAACGUCCUCAUUGAAACUAAGUGCUUAUUCUGACGUUGGAGACCCCACAGAUCGUAAGUCUACCACUGGGUAUUGCAUAUUUCUUGGAGACUCUCUUAUUUCUUGGAAGAGUAAGAAACAAGAUAUUGUCUCUCGUUCAUCUACAAAAUCUGAGUAUCGUGCUAUGGCAUCCACUACUACUGAAAUAGUUUGGUUGCGUUGGUUACUUUCUGAUAUGAGUGUCAUUCUUUCUGAACCAACUCCCAUGUAUUGUGAUAAUAAGAGUGCCACUCAAAUUGCCCACAACUCAGUCUUCCAUGAACGUACCAAACACAUUGAAAUUGAUUGUCACUUCACUCGUCAUCAUCUUAAGCAUGGGACAAUUACUUUACCGUUUGUCUCCUCCGCUUUACAGAUUGCUGAUUUGUUUACAAAAACGCAUUCCGUUAAACGAUUUCGUUUUUUGAUUGACAAACUCUCGAUGCUUUCUGCUAAUGCAUCUUGA